UUCUCAAAUGUCAGCAGCCAGUAGCUGUCCUGCUCCUCUCCUGAGUACAUCCGAGAGCCCAAUGGAGAAUUUGGAAGAAAAUCUAAAUAAACUUAAAUUGUUAGAAGCCCCAACCGGUGGUGAUUCUUGUGUAGAUGAUGAAGAUGAAAAAGCUACACUUAAACCUCGAUUUUCUCCUCUUCCAAGAAGACGUAGUUCUGUGUCUUCAGAUGAUGGAGAUAUUGAACCACCAACAUCGAUAGCAAGAAAAGUGUCCUUUGCAGAUGCAUUUGGUUUUGAUCUAGUAUCUGUUAAAGAGUUUGAUACUUGGGAUGUGCCAAUUGUGUCUCAAAUCAUCGAAGCAGAAACUGUUCAAGUAGAGGAAUUUAUGUUUAUACCAAGCUUUGUACUACCUUCAGCAGAUGGAAUGAUAGAGAAACUACAAGCAAAAAAAGUACUUCUAGAAUCUGUGGACUUCAUAUCGGGGACAACCUGUAUGAAGGGAAUUAUUAGAGUUCUAAAUGUGUCUUAUGAGAAACAAAUAUAUGUGCGUAUGUCACUUGAUGGAUGGCAGAGCUAUUAUGAUCUUUUAGCAGAGUAUAUUCCAGACUCUUGUACUGGGGACACUGAUCAGUUUUUCUUCAAUAUCUCAGUGGUGGCACCUUAUCAAAAGGAUGGAGCAAAAGUUGAGUUCUGUAUAUGUUAUCACACAGCAAUUGGUAAAUUUUGGGAUAACAAUGAUGGACAAAAUUACAUCUUGACAUGCAAAAAGAAAGUACAAACAAUGUCACAAUCGGAUAGCUUGUCUGAAGAUCUCGCAGACAGAUUAAAGAAAAGUUGUUUAAAACCAGUGGCAAGCAAAGAAGAUGAAGCGGAUGACUUGGAUGAAUUUGAAACAAAGAACUUCAGAGCGACAGAGAUAUUCAUCCCUACGAUAAUUUGCUCGCAGGAUGAUGUUACUGAAGAUGAUAAGGAUGAAAAGACUGAUAAUAACAGAGAACAAAACAAUGGAUCAGAAAAUGAGCUGGAACUGUUUCUAAGUCAACAUUACACAAAAACAAGCAUCACUUCAUCAGAAGAUAAAAAUGAUAGUGAGGUGCCAGAACAAGCUAGUUUUUCAAAUGGAGGAGAGAUAACUGAGCCAGUUGAAUUUUUUGAAGACAAUAGUUCCAGAACUUUUGCGCAAAGUGAACAAACAGCAUCAGACCAGCUUACACAGGAAUCUGAACAUUUAGAUAAAACUGAAAUAAUACCUACAGUGAAAGAUGCAUUCCACUUGAAGGAAAUUAAGGAAUUUGGAGGUACUUUGACUGCUGAUGACCAUAAUUUAGGAGAUUCUAAGGAUUUACCUCAAGACUACAUGCACAAAACUGAAGACAAUGAAGAGAUUCAUUCUCAUGACUUACAUGAACAAAGCUUUGAAUUGAUAAAACCGUACCUGGAAGAUACAGGCCCACCACCAGAAAAUGAAGAAACAGAGACCCUAAGUAUUAGCAAAAUAGACAAAAGCUCAAUUAAUGUAUGUGACAAGAAAACAGAAACAUCCACUGUUGCACAAAUGGAGUGCUUACAAUCACAAGGAUUACUGGAUGACAAUGCUAACCCAAGUUUUAGUCACAACGCUGUACAUGUUUCAUAUUUUUCAAAAAAUGGUACUGAGAAAACAGUUUUUGGGCAAACAGAAAUUUCUGAUAUAAUGAGCAAGGAAUAUAAGGAUAGUACUUCUAAUAUUCUACAAGAGGCUAGUGGUUUCCAACUGCUAAUUAAAGACAAUGAGCAUUCACAUAAAGACGAAGAGUACAGCAUACUUUCCCAAGAUCUGGAAUGUGAACAAGAGUUUGAGAACAAUGAUGGUGGUGUCAAAAGUACUACAGGUUGGCCUGGAAAUAUGUCACUUUUAGGUGAAAACACAAACAUAUGGAAGGAAAAGCCUGAUGCACAUAUAAAAAUGGCAAGUGCAACUAACAUUUGUAGGGAAGAAUUAGAAAUAAUGCAUGAAAUAAAGCCCUUUGAAUCAGUAUUGGAUAAAAACCACAAAAAAGACAACAGAGAGGAAGAGGACUUCUCCAAUUUCCAAACUGAAAAGGUGUCAAUAUCCAAAUCAUGUUAUGGUUCACUAAGUGAUAGUACUUCUGAAUCCACACUCUAUAAUUCUCAAAAUGUCAAAGCUUAUCCAAGCUAUUCUGAUGAGAACUACAGGAAAGAAGAACACCAUUUUAAAAAUCCAUUAUUAGAGGAACAUGUAAAAGAUCUUACAAGCCAUGAAGAAGAUGACACAUGUAUGUAUAGCAAAGAGGAAUUCACAGAACAAGAGGGUAUUCAGGGUACUCACCAUGAACUAUCUCAGACCAAUGUUCCACCAGUCGAGUUGCAUCCAGCUAUUAAUACAGAUGAAUACAAGUCAUGUGCAAGUAAAAUAACAUCAGAGAGUCCUGUAAGUCAAAAGAAUCCAAGAGAGAAAGUCAUCAUUGCUGUGCUAACAGAAGAACAAAGCCUUUGUAAAGUGCAAACUCUAAGAGAAGAUUUCAGUAAAGAAUGUGAUACAAAUGUCUAUCAACAACAGGAUGUAUGGGCAACAAAACAACUGGAUGUAAGCACAGGUACUGCUUUGCACAGGAAAGAUAAAGAUUUAGAAGUAAAUAUUUGUUUCAAUUCAGGACUUACCAAAGAACCAAAAAAAGAAGGAACAGAGGACAUUGAGUUGUGUGUUGAUGAAAAUCCAAAAGGUGUUAUUGAAGACAUGUAUAAAGAGACAAGUUUGUGUGAAUUAAGUAGUUUGUGUAAAGAAAAUGUAAUUCAUGAAGGUGCUAAAGUUGACCAGUGUAUAUUUUAUGCUGAUAAUGUGCGAGAUAGGUUAAAAAAACAUGGUGAACUUGAUGUACGGUAUACAGGUCUAGAUAACCCCAGUGAUCAACCAAGAAGCAGUUUUUCAGAUACUAGUGUAGUAACUGAACAACUGUCUAAAAAUUUUAAUGAGGAUCCAGUUCAUGAGAAGGAAGUAGAAUGCAUGUUUUCAGAAAUGCCUUCUGUAGAUAACCCCUCAUUCACUGCAGAUGGAACAGUCAGCUUAGACUCGAAAAGGGAGGAUGUAUUUAUUGGGCCAUCUAUUUUUAUAAGUGAGCCUGACGAUGAAUUGGAAUCUCAAGGCUUAGAGCCUGAAGAACAGAACGAUUUAGGUGAAACCACAAAAUGUGAAUCUGAUGAUAAACCCCUUCCUGUACAGGCAAAUGCUUCUGAUAAUGUAUCCCCCGAUCUGUUGUCUCUCAGUCAUGUAAGUUCCAAAGUGCUUUGUUUUUUAAUGUUUGUUGUAUUUGCUGGUCUGAUGUACCAUUAUGAUUUCCUGGUUUGCUUUGCUCUUUAUCUUUUCUCAUUAUACUGGUUAUACUGGGAAGGAGACAGGAGUCCAAAGCCAGUCAGAAAAGAGUAGGCGUACAUCAGUAAUGGAUUAGCUAUAAUAUUUUACUACAAGAAAGCAGACAGUCUUGUUGACAGUGUUCCUCUUACAAAAACAAGAUGCUAAGUUUGGCUCUUCGUGAAAUCAUUCUAUGACAAAGGACCAUAGAUAAAAGCUCAUGGCAAGUUAUUUGGACUUUAAUUCGUAAGCAAAGGCUUCCAUAUUUUUGAAGUAAUUUCCUUGCUCCUCUCUGUUUAGUAAAUAUUUAAUUGUUUUUGUUAUAAUGUGUGUUUUGUAAAGAGAUCGGCAUUACUUAAUGUUUUCUUUUUCUUUUCUUUUUUCCGUUGGGACAGCAUGUUUGAUCUAUGUUCUCAGUUCCUUCCAUUUUAUUUUGAUUGUGUGGUAUCAAGUUUUCUUUCCUCUUUUUGCAUUGUCACUUAGGUAACACAGCUUUAUAAAGAUAAUGUCAUGUUCUUUGUGUAAGUGCUGUCAAAAUAGCAUUGCUACUUCAAUGAACAAUUGACAGACUGAUGGAUUGAGCUUGGGAAAUAUUGUUGCAAAGACUCACAAUGAUUUAUAAGAGGAAUUGCACUAAAAAUGGCUGAUUGUCCAAUUUACAUGUAUCUGCAUGACAAGAUAUAGAAGUGCAACUAUAGGUACAACGUUGAGAGGAUUACGGAUUUAUCUAGUGGGUCUUAACCAAUUCAGUGCCAUGUUUGUGAGCUAUGCAUGGUUCAUUCCAUUGACAUUGAAGUGGUUAAGUGUUUUUUUUUUUUAGUCAAUGCAACUAGAGCUGGUAAUUUACUACAGUUUUGACAGCAAUACAAUUGUUACUGUGUUUUUCCAAAGUGUUGUUGAAAACGUCAUCUAUAUUACAUUUGAAUAAAAACAACAAAAUAAACAUAGCUCAGAUGCA